AGGGUAACUUCUUAUCUCUAUCUCUCUCUCUCUCACACACACACACACACACGUUAACACUUGUAAAGGUCACUUGAUAAAAUGAGCUUAAGUAAGUUUUAAUUCCAUCCAAAGUUUAGCUUGAUCUUGUAGACAUGAUGUUUAUUAUGCUAGUAUGUGGCAUUUUGAAUUACCGGGGUCUGAUCAAAUGUGAAGUUUUAGACACUAAAUUCAGCGUCUGGAGUUUGGACAUAGUGCUUGCAGGGAUCGUCCUCUGAGUUGAUGAACCCUUCAGUCUAUGAUCUCGAGGAAUGCAUGUGUUUGCGUAACGUUACUCAAAUAUGAUUAAUGAAGUUGCAUAUUAAGUUGUAUUGCGUCUGUAGGUCCUACUAAACAUGCUUUAAAAAGUGUUAGAAGUUUGAAACAAACAUUCUGGAUUUGCAAAUCUGACCCAGUUGUUAUAGACACUGUAUAUGGAGUCGAGCAAAAUCAGCCUAGACACUGAGCACAUUCUUUAAUGCAGUUUCUUUAUUUGACUACAUAGAGUGAGCAACCUCACUAGUUAUGUUUUUUUUACAGAUUAGAAUUAGAUAUGUCCACUGAUACUUUUUCACUAUCCUUGAGUUGGUCUUUUGUUAGUCAGCUGUUGGUUGCGUCUUUCCUAGAUCAAGAAGUUUUGUUACUGUUGAUGGUUCUAAUUGCAGAUUAUGUUGGUUUUUAACUAAAAGAAGUUUAUAAAAAACUGGGUUUUGUUCGGUAAGGGACUUAUAUAUAUGUGAUGAAAUCUAGUUCUUGAAGAAUAUACUCCUGAGAUAUAAUUUUGGUUUGGCAUUAUUUAUAGCGGUAAAGCUGCCUAUGAAAUGAUGAAAGACAUGACUGAGAAUCCAUCAAAGUGGGAAGGAAGAAAGAUCCUCUUCAUACACACUGGUGGACUACUUGGUUUGUUUGACAAGGCUGAGCAGAUGGCCUCGAUUGUGGGAAAUUGGCGUAAAUUUGAAAUCCUUGACUCAAUUCCACGGGAGGAUGGUGUUGGGAAAAUGUUUUAG